AUGAUCACUCUUUGGAAUGGUCAUCGACCAGUCAUCUGUUGUAACGAUGCUUGGACAAUCUCUGACAUGUUUGAAAAGCGAGCGACGAUUUAUUCUUCACGACCCAGAAUGAUUAUGAUGGGCGACGUGAUCAAUACCACGAAACAUAAUCAAGUCUGUUUGAAAUAUGAUGAUCAGUGGAGGCUGCAUCGGAAGUUGAGCCACUCCGUGGUGGGCACUCAAGUAGUCCGAGCCUAUCGCGGCUUCCAAAGCUCCGAAACCAAGAUCCUACUCGAAGACCUCCUGACCCGCCCGGACAACUACGUGCCAGCCAUCGAACGCUACUCCUGCUCCAUCGUCUCAAUCGUUGGUUGGGGCCGUCGUAUCAAAGACACCAACGACCCCGUAGCCCAACGAGCCCUAGAAUCCAUGGAGGUCGUCAAUGCCGUCAUCCCCGGACAAGCCAUGAUGGAGAUGAUGCCCUGGUUAUUAGAGCUCCCGAGCUGGAUCAACCCUCUACCAAAACUCAUCUGUGCUGUUGGUGAUCGACUCAACACCUUCUGGCAAGAAAUGACGGAAGAAGCUGCCGCCACAAGCGAAGACGAAGACUUGUUUUCGAAACGUCUCAUCAAAGAACGCGAUGCGGGAACGAUCAAUGCUCGAGAAUUGGGCAACUUGGUUUCGAACCUCAUCGGCGGCGGAGUCGACACGACAUCCAGUUCCAUGAUCUCCUUCAUCCUAGCCAUGUGCGUCUUCCCCGAAGUCCAGAAAAAAGCCCAAGAAGAACUCGAUCGCGUCGUCGGCCGUUCCCGCAUCCCAGACUGGGGCGACGAGGACUCAUUACCCUACAUCACCGCCACGGCCACGGAAACUCUCCGCUGGAGAACCGUCACCACCCUCGGCGGCAUCCCCCACGCCCCGACCCAAGACGACGAAUAUCGUGGCUACCAUAUCCCCAAAGAUACCUGGAUCGUUGGCAAUGUCUGGGCCAUCCAUCGAAAUCCUAAAGAUUACCCUGACCCGGAUGGGUUUCGGCCCGAGAGGUUUUUGGAAGGGAGUGAGUGGUAUCGACCGCAUCCUAGCAAGAAGGGACAUGCGGCUUUUGGGUGGGGGAGGAGACAGUGUAGUGGACAACCGCUGGCGGAACAGGGACUUUGGCUUGUUACGGCGAGGUUUCUUUGGGCUUUUGAGAUUAAGCCGGGAGUGGAUGAGGAGGGGAAUGAGGUGAAACUUGACAUUUUUGCGUAUACUCCAAGUGAGAAUCAGAGGCCUGAACCUUUUUCGGUACGGUUCAUUCCUAGGAGUCCCGAGAUUAGGGAUUUGAUUCUUCGUGAGGCUGAGAGGGCUAGAGAGGAGCUAAAAAGAUUUGAUGGGGAGACGAAGGUUAGGAUGUCGUAG